AACAAGUGAAGUGCAUCAAAUAAAAUCAUUUUAAUUUUGUUAAAAAUUAAUUUUAGUUUUCCGGGGUUUUUCUAAUGAUUUUUAAAUAGUUUUCGUGUAGAAUGGGACAAUGUUUUGGGACGGAUUGCUCAGGUCUGUGUCCUCGUUGGGCACUUAGAAAAAAUCGGGGUUUCGAUCGAUUUACGAAUUAUGCACCUAAACCGAGUUCAAGGUACGUCUUUUUAGGCAAUUAAAAUUGAAUUAAAUAAUUAGCUUUUGGGCAAGAUAUAGUGUUAGCGUGUUAUUGUCGGUUGUUACUAAUUUGUUGUAGUUUUUCUACUGUCUUAUUUGUACAUGAAGUCUGUACAAUUGUUAUAUAUAAAAUUAUUUUCGUACUUUUAUUGUACAUUAUGACGUCAUGUGUGAUGAUGUAAUCAAGCAGGUAUUAAAAUAAUAUUUGUCUGAUUUUGUAAUUGAGACAAAUAAUACAUUGGCACACCUGGCGAUCGACUUUUUGGUUUCGCCUAUGAUUUUCGCCUGACCGUUGCAAUGUUGUCGCCAUGUUCCUAGCCAGUGUGCUUAAUAUGAGGUAUUCACCCCCCUGAAAACAUUCAAAAUGGCAAACGUUCAGGGGGUGCAUGCCUCUCAUAACCGCACUGGCUAGGAACAUUGAGACAGCAUUUUUAUGACAAACCAUUUGACAAAGAAGAUCGCUGUGAGUGCUUGCAUCUAAUUAAAAUUAACUGUUUAAUAGCAUUGUGAUUGGAUGAAAGUGUUCAUGCAUCACUCGCAGCGAGCUGCUUCGUGCGAGGACUGGAAAUCCGCCUUUAGACAGGGUAAAACAACAAAGCAGGGUGCCUCAGGGCACAUUGCCACUUAUAGGGUUAAAUACAGAUGUAUUAUUAGAAAGUUGUUUUGUUUUGUAGUCGAUUUGGUGAUGACCAUUUACUGAAUGAAUACCAGGAUCAACAAGAUGAAAUUGACUUUUCUGGUAAUUCUUAUGUAAUUCUAUAGUAAAGAUUGUACUAUGGAAUUUAAAAUCAUCUGGUGUUAGAUGGAGUAAAAUAAUAAAGUAGGGUGCAUUUGGGCUCAAUGGGAACUUAACAUAUUAUUUUAUUAUACUAGGUGUUGCCAAAAAUAUUUAUCACCCAGGACCAUCAGAAGUAGUAAUUGAUAUUUCAAAAGACACAUCGAGGUAAUUUACAUGUAUUUGGGGGGGUGUUCAGGAGCCUCUCUCACCAUUUAGGCAUUCUAUUUUUCAAUUGUCCCACAACUAGCAAAUUCCCCUGCAUCUACCAGCCCAAGGCUUGAUCCAUCCUUACCCUGUGUGAAGGUCCUUAUGAACUGAGGAAUUCUAUGAAAUGAGGAAUUCUAUGAAAUUAAACUGUGUCAGACACAUCCCUAUCCACUCGUUUUUAUAGCACGCAAUAUGUUGGGCACUUCUCUCUUAUAACUUAACAUUUCUGUCUCUUUCAGAUCAGGAGCUGAUGAACACUUAACAACGAGUACUUCAAAUCCAAAUUAUUCAUCAGUCACAAAUUAUUGAAUUGUAUAAAAUAUUUUUAUCGAACAAACAUUGAUAUUAAACUUGAAUGAGCAGACAAUAUCACUUACAUUAAUGCUAUGCAGAAUGAAUGCACAUAUUAAUAAGUUCCUUGAAAAUUAACCAAAAGGACAAUGUACAUGUUAUACAAUGGGGCUGCAGAGAGGGGGCAGAUGAAGGGCCAGAAGGAGAGGCAUUUUUAAACUGGCCAUUUGUUGUAAUUUUCCUAUUGUUUAUUAUGUCAGGGGUACCCUGGGCAAAUUUUGCCUCGGACCACAUACCAUCUCUCUGCAGCCGUACUAUGGCUUGUUUUCUAUGUUGAAUUUCGGUUGCGUCGAUUGCAAUUCAAACAAUAGAUAAUGAAGUUCAUCAUCUCAUUAUCUAUUGUCUUAAUUGCACUUGAUGCGACCAAGAUUCAAAGUAUAAAACAGGCCAAGAUGCAUAUAGGUAAUGAAUAGACAAUUAUUUAAGAAUAUAUUUAGUGCAAUAAAUUAUUAGUGAAUGUAACAUUAGCUUUAACUAUUUGUAUUUACUUAAGAACAUAAUAAUAAAAUUGGAUUUUUAUUGCUUUUGAAUAUUACAACGUAAAUAAUAUAAAGAAUUUUAUAAGACGAUCAUGUUCUGUUCGUAUUUUUGGCAAUGUUGGUGCAGUAUGAAACCUCAAGUCAGAUAUACAACUUCAGGCCAAUUUUGACACCAUUUUAAUAUUUGCUCAUUGUUUAAUACACAGUGAGAUUGCAGUUACUCAAAGGUACAGGUAAUGAGCAUUGACCAUGCACAGAAAGAGGCAAGCUAUUUGUUAAAAUUAGGUCUGUUUCUAACAUUGUGUCCUAGCUAGACCAUGGUUUUUAAUUCAAGGAAAGAGGACUGUCAAUGUUGUUGGGCCCAUUCUAGACUUUUGCAAAGUCAUUUUCAAACGGUGCCACUUUUACAGCUGUUACGGUAAAAGUUGGGCUUGUGGCAAGUCCGUGCACAUUAGGUUUCCUUCAAAUUGCAAUUUGUAAAUACUAGAAAUAUGUGAAUGACUCUCUAAUUCUAAACAGUAUCCCUGCCGGACAAAAACAUGAAUCUCACUACAAAACUAUGGCAGUCAUAUAAACAUUUUAAAGUUGUAUCAAUUUGCAGACAAAAUUGCAGACAAAUUAAGACAUGGCACACAAUCGGACAUUUUAUUACAGUGUAAAAAUUUAAACAUAUAACAAUUCAUUCUACUCCAGUUCUUUAUACAUUACUCCUGCAUUUUAUUUUUCGUUACUGUUGCAAACCACCAGACUAACAAAGCCGCUGUGACGGCAAUGAAUUCAGUUUGUACCCAGAGUCCUUCACGUCCGGCAGCCUAGACAAUCAUACAGAAGUUUA